UAGAGCAGCAAAUCGGAAGCAUCCCGAGUUUGAUCGACCUCGGUUUCACUCGGAUGACAAUGGCAUAUUUUACGAGAUUAUAUUUCUGUUUGCGGGCGAUAUCCUAGACUACAUAUAAUGAGUACUCUCUAUGGAGAAAAAAACCUAAAACGACAAGUUCAAGUUGCUGCAGCCAGCAGGUAAAGUAGCCAGGCUGCUACAGCACUACACUCUGGGAGCAUGAACAUUGGGGCUCACGAACGGAGAUCUACAUGAAAAAUCGCUGGAUUCCUCCUAUAAGUGCAAUAUAGGGGAAAGGAAUUUUGAAGUUUUAAAUGACCAGCUUGAUGGAGGAGUUCAAAUGUGUUAAGGUACCUAAACCUGAUUAAACAACACCUACUGAAAAUAGUCCUCCAAUUUGAAUGAUGGCAGAAUUUGACAACGUUCCUGUUGAAAAAUGGACAGAGGCUUUGGUAAGCUCCUGGCUGAGGUCCAUCGGCGUAAAAGAACAAUAUGUGACCAAACUCAAUGAAGAGGAGGUAGAUGGGCGGAUUCUUCUGGAAUUGACAGAGGACUAUUUGAAAAGAGAAACUAGAAUGAAAUCUGGACCAGCUCUGUUGAUCAUCAAGAAGAGGAAUGAACUUGUUGAAUCUCUUCAAAAAGCACAUAAAGUCCCCCAAAAUCAAGACAGUUUUAAAAGCGAAGGUGAUGAUGCAAACAAUCAUCCAGACACCAAGGACAAGAUUUCAAAGGCCAAGGAAACCUCUUCAAACAUUGAGACACAGACCUUGCCUGGGUUAACCUCAAAGAAAGACUGUAAGCCUAGACCCUUAUGCAAAGAUGGUAUUGAUUUUACUUAUGUUAAGAACAAUGUCUUAAAACCUGAAUCUGGAAUUAUCGAUCUUAUCUCUCCCUGUCAUGAGUACAAGUCAUUUGCUGUUGCAGUAAGUUUAGACCGCACAAGACUACAGGCUAAAUUUGCCAAAGAGGUCAUCAAAUUUGGCACUGGUUGCAUGAACAUACGAUCAAAUGGCACCAUACAUUUCGGUGUAAUGGACAGUAGAGAUGAUGCUGGCUAUGUGCAUGGGGAGAUCAUUGGUGUGCCUGUGCUAGAAAAAGACAUCUAUGUCGAUGCUCUUGAUCAUAUUGAGAGAUCCUUUUCAAGUGUUGACAGAGAGGAUGUGAGACAGUGCAUACGGCCACCUCAGUUUAUUGAGGUGAUUGAUAUGAACAGCUCAGAGAAGAGGUAUGUGGUGGAAGUUGACAUUGUACCAGCAAUAAGCAUUGUGAGGAACAGAGUGUACUCGGUUCGCCUUCCUAAUUUUAAAGAGAAAUCCAACAAGGUUGAGUUUGAGAAGGAAACCAUCUAUUGCAGGGUAGGCUCAAAAACAGAACCGGUUAAUGAUCAAAAUGAGUUUUACCAAAGGGUGCGUGACAGGGAUUCCCGAAGAGAGGAGGCUGAGCAGUCAUGUUUUGAAAGCAGCCCAGACUUCAGCCAAGACCUUGGAAGAAAGCUCACAAUGCUUGUAACCAGUGGCAAGAAAUUCAUUGAGAAGGAAAAAUGGUACAUUCUCAUCACAAACAAACUCAAAAAGGAAGAUCUGAACAGCAUUGACUUUCUGUUGAAUAUGAAGCUUUUCUGUGUUUUCGACUUUGAUGCAGACUCCAAGGUGUCAGGAUUGUGCAGUGAGUACUCAAAACACCAUGCUGCAAACUUGCAUUUCAUGCAAAACUACAAAAUUCCCAACACAAUGAGCAUCAGUGAAUUUGAGAGUCAUCUUCACUUGUUUGAACAAACCAGUUGGAUAUUUUGCAACGGACGCAAUGACUUCAAAGGAAAUGAACCUCAGUGUGAUGAAAUGACAUGGAUCAAAACCAAAAUGACUCUCCUCCGAGAAUGUGUGUCAGUGAUUUGUAAACAGAUAUUGCCAAAAGGCACCUUCCUGGUAAUAUUCCUGCUCACAUCCCCUGUUGAAAAGCCUUUACUUCACACUUUCUAUGAGUUCUUUACUGACAUGGAGGGUCACGAAGACAUCAUAUGUAUCUCAGAAUCAGAAGACAACUUCCAAAAGUGGCAGAGCUUUGCAGAGGGGUCUUGUGGUGUGGAAACCGUAAACCGCUCAAGCGUUGUUGGAAUGAAAAUGAGUCAUGUUAAUGCAACCCUACAGCGCAUCCAGCCCGUGACCUCACGCUCCAUAAAACACUUGCCAAUCUAUGUGAAAGGAGAGUGCAACCUUGAGACUCGUGAAGAGGAAAGGAUGUAUUCCCUUGAGAUCCUAAGUGUCAACCAUUGUGAUGAAACUAACCCUGACUUUGUUGAAGAUCAGAAAGAAAUAAUUGAAAGGCAGUUUUAUCAUGGAGGGAAUGUUAGUUGGUUGAACUUUUGGCUUGCAGACAAAAAGUUUGUUGGGGAGGUCAUUCAGAGGGAUGCUUAUCAAGAAAUUUCAGACCUUAUCAAUGACAACCUCAGAAGAAAUGUUGACCUGCCUGUCAGUUGCCUGAAUAUAUAUCAUCAUCCUGGCAGUGGUGGUAGCACAGUGGCCAGGCAAGUUCUUUGGAACAGUCGAAAAAUGUUACGAUGUGCUGUGGCGAAAUCAUCAUACUCUGCAGCCAUGGUGUCAGAGCACGCAUUUCAUCUUCGAGAAUAUGAGGAAAAGGACACCCAAAAAUGCCUCCCAGUUCUCUUGCUUUUGGAAGACUGUGACAAAGAAUACCUGGACGAUUUAAAGAAUGAAUUAGAGGUAGCAGUCAACACCAAGAAAAUACCACGUGGAACACUGUGUUUCAUCUUGUUGAGCUGCAGGAGGUCACACAACCCAGAGCGAAUGUGUAGAGAGUCACCCUUAGAGAAUGUUGCAGUUACUCACAAGCUCUCAGAUAAGGAAAAGAGACUUUUUGCAGGAAAACGAAAGACACUUGAGCAACAGUACCAGCCAGAGUUUAUCUUGACCUUUGUUUUGAUGAGUGAAGAAUUCGAUCAUCAGAUGGUUGCUGAUUAUGUUCAACAGUUUGUCACUCAUUUGCUUCAGGGGAUUGACCAUGCGUCAAUGGUCACUCGGCUUAUUCGCUAUGUGGCACUGCUGAAUACCUACGUGCAGAACUCUUUCCUCUCUCAGUCUCACUGUGAAGCCCUGCUUGCCAUCUCAAUCCACAUGGAUAGAUUUCGUCAGCAUACCUUUGAGAGAUCACUGAGUGAGCAGGCAAAAUUGGUGUUCAUACACUUGAGAGAUGAUAGAACGUACAUUCAGUCAGUUAGAAUUAUUCAUCCCUUGGUUGCCAAGGAAAUACUGCACCAGCUCUUAGAUGAUCAGCUGCAAAGCCAACUGGCAUUGGAUCUACUUCACGAAGAUGUGCUGUUUGAGAACAGGUUUGGCAAAGAUGAUUACAUGAAGUUUCUGCGAGCCCUGUUCAUGAGGCGCAGCAGAAUAAGCAAAGGUGAUGAAUUUGACAGUUUCUUCUCCCCACUCAUCGACUAUGUACGAGAGAAUGAAAGUCCUGCGCAGGCCAUUGAGCUUCUUAAGGAGGCAUACAUGCGUUUCAACAAAGAUGCUUUCUUUGCUCAGCAACUGGCCCGUCUCAAUUAUCGUUAUGAUCAAUUUGAAGACGCGAAGCACUGGGCAGAAAUAGCAGCUUCUAAAAUGCCUACCAACUCCUACAUACUAGACACACGAGGUCAGGUUUACAGGAGAUGGUUCACAGCAAAAUGUAAAGCACUUGAAAAAGUUACAAGAACGCCUGAAAACACAGCAGAUGCCAUUGAUACGGCUCUGAUAGCCUUGGAGUGCUUUCAACAGUGUGAAAAGGCAGCAAUCGCAGAUGUUGAAACCAUGAACAACUCAGGCUUUUUUGCUGCAGUAGAAGUGGGAUGCAGCUUGUUGAAACUCCUGUUUUCCCUACAUAUUUUCUCCAACAAGAACUAUGGCUAUUCAGAGUGCAUGAAAUACCUGAUCACUGACUACAUUCCUGAGGCAGUAAUAAAACCAUGGGAAAAUUUUCAUUCCAAACUGAAAAACCUUCAAUCCUCAAUGCGUGAAGCUUUGGAGUGGAUAUCAGAAGACCUGAGCUACUUUCAGACUGAUUUGAGCACUGAUGAUGAAGAGACCACAGAAAGUUGUGAGGCUAAAAUAAACCACCCCAAGAACUGGCUGGUAAAUAAGUCUUCUGUGUACGGAAAGUACUUCUGUGAUACGUCUCUUGACACCAUGAAAAAACAGUGUCAGUCUAACCCAGAUAGUUUGACUCCCUUUAUGAAACGUAUGCUGAUAUAUCGCCUUGGUGGGGGAAAUAUCACCACAAUCUUCUCACUUUUAAGUGACCUGAAGGACAAAGACCAAGUCAAGAUACUUGAAGACAUCAUCUCAUUGUACCCAAGGAAUCCACUGAAAGCAAAGCUGGAUCAGAUGGAUCUUUCCAACUACAUAGCCACUCACAUUGCUCUGAGUUGCCUCUCACCUCAGUCCCCAAAACUGGCCACUCUCAAGGAUCUUCGGAAGCUAACCCAACAAUUUCCCAUUGAGAAACGAGACUGCUUGUCAAGUGCUCUCUUCCUUCUUACAUUGCUUUACUGGCCAGAAGAGCAUGACACUGAGGAUGUGAAGGAUGAAAAAUAUGAUGUAGUUCUCUCAGCAGUGGAAUUCCUCAAACGUAGUUACUGGACAAAAAUGAAGGAUAUCCCACAGAGAAGGAGGAGGAUAUUUACUCAUUUUUUCCUGGGUAACGGAAAUGGCUUUGAGAAGUUUGUUCACAAAACUAAAGUGGAAAAGAUCACAAAACUCCUGAGCGUUUCAGAGAAGAGGAUGAAGUGGUUUCGUGGGGAGGUGUGGAAGAUGCCAGAAAUUGCAAAGUUGUGCAAGCAUGUAGCUGGCUGGACAGAGGAUGGGACUGUGUACCUUGAAGGUCCCGGGAGGAAGUUCAACAUCCCUGCUCUGAACACAGGUUCUGUGCCUUAUGGGAAUGAGAACGUCACUUUCUAUUUGGGUUUCACCUUUCGAGGCCCAGUGGCCUACAACAUUACAGCAAAGUUGUAGUCAAAUCCGAGAUUAUCAUGGAAUUUCUGUAUGCAUUUUUACUACCAGAAGUGAAUAAUUACACAUUGCAGAAAACUUCUCUGUGUUACGUUGUUCAAAAAAGUCAGUAGUAUUUUGUUUUAUCAAGACGUGUCCCCUCUCCAUAGCAUCUCUUAUCACCUGAUUAUUUAAUGACUGACUGAUCUAGGCAAGGUAUUCUAGGUUAUUGAAUUCUGCAACCUUGCUUUCCCACUCUUAUUAUGUGUGCAUUUAUUUGCUAUAUCUUUUCAUUCACUCAUCACAAUUUAACAGCAGAAUAUCCCUCCACUAGUUGCUCUUUAUUUUUGCCAUAAAUCUGUUGCCCUUGCCCAAUAUCACAUAUCUGAGUCAUACAUGAGGGUCUGGCUCUAUGCUGUCUUUGCCGUUUUUAUCUCUGUAAAAGAGGACAUUUCAAAAGUUUAAUGUCAAAUGUUGAAUGGGAGCAAAUUACUUUAUAUGAUAUGAAGUAAUCAUAUAUCAUAUCAUAUAAAGUAAUAUCAUAUAAUUGAUAUGAUAUACUUUUUAUUUUUUAUAAGAAAGGGACUUCUUGUUAUACAUGGCUAGAUUUAAAAUGUUUUUUUACGAUUACUUCAACUAUGUGCCUCAUAUUUCAUCUAUAAUUUCACUGUUAGUCUUAAUGUUAUGAAUAUUGUUAAUCAUGUUUAACUGUUAAUAUUAUCCAAAUAUAUAUUAAAAAUCUAAUAUGUCCUUC